CGGCGGGCCAGAGAGUUGUCGGCUGGGAAAUGGCGGCCGCGGGCUUGGUCGCUGUGGCCACGGCUGCAGAGUACUCUGGCCCAGUAGCGUCGGGAGGUAACCUCUCCGUUGUUAACUGCGGCCCGAACUCCGGGGCAGGCCCUGGUCCUGGCCCGGGCUCAUGGAGCCGCUCCCUCGACCGAGCGCUGGAGGAGGCGGCGGUAACCGGGGUGCUGAGCCUGAGCGGCCGGAAACUGAGGGAGUUUCCCCGGGGAGCGGCCAACCACGACCUGACGGACACCACCCGGGCGGAUCUGUCACGAAAUCGCCUCUCAGAAAUUCCCAUAGAAGCAUGUCACUUCGUUUCUCUUGAGAAUCUCAAUUUAUACCAAAAUUGUAUUCGGUAUAUACCAGAGGCAAUUCUAAACUUGCAAGCUCUAACGUUCUUAAAUAUUAGUCGAAACCAGCUGUCAACACUGCCAGUACACUUGUGUGAUUUACCAUUGAAAGUCUUAAUUGCUAGUAAUAACAAAUUGGUCUCACUUCCAGAAGAAAUUGGACAUCUCAGACAUUUAACAGAACUUGAUGUGAGCUGCAAUGAAAUUCAAACAGUCCCUUCCCAAAUUGGUAAUUUGGAGGCCUUGCGAGACCUUAAUGUAAGAAGAAAUCACUUAGUACGUUUGCCUGAAGAGCUAGCAGAGUUGCCUUUGAUACGGUUAGACUUUUCCUGCAAUAAAAUUACAACAAUCCCUGUUUGUUAUCGGAAUCUCAGGCACCUACAGAUGAUCACCCUAGAUAAUAAUCCACUACAAUCUCCUCCUGCACAGAUAUGUAUAAAAGGCAAAAUCCACAUAUUUAAAUACCUGAACAUACAGGCUUGUAAGAUUGCUCCAGAUCUGCCAGAUUAUGAUAGGAGACCCAUGGGUUUUGGCUCCUGCCACGAAGAACUGUACUCAGGUCGCCCCUAUGGAGCCCUUGAUUCAGGUUUCAAUAGUGUGGACAGUGGUGAUAAGAGAUGGUCAGGGAAUGAACCUACAGAUGAAUUUUCAGAUCUGCCUCUUCGAGUAGCAGAAAUUACUAAAGAACAAAGACUACGAAGAGAAAGCCAGUACCAGGAGAAUCGCAGCAGUAUAGUAGUAACAAAUGGUGGAGUGGAACAUGAUCUGGAUCAGAUUGACUAUAUUGACAGCUGUACUGCGGAGGAAGAAGAGGAAGAAGUGAGACCACCCAAGGGCCUGGACUCAGACAGCCUCAGUUCACAGUUUAUGGCAUAUAUUGAACAACGGCGAAUCUCUCAUGAGGGUUCACCAGUAAAGCCAGUACCCAUGAGGGAAUUUCAAAAAACAGAAGACAUGAGAAGAUAUUCACAUCAAAACAGGGUUCCAGCUGAGCCAUCUUCUCUCUUAUCACUAUCACCGAGUCAUAAUCAGUUUUCACAUGCAGACUUGGAACUUCAUCGGAGAAGAGAACAAUUAAUAGAACGUACUCGGAGAGAGGCACAACUUGCUGCCCUACAGUAUGAGGAGGAGAAAGUAAGGACCAAGCAGAUUCAAAGAGAUGCUGUCCUGGACUUUGUCAAGCAAAAAGCGUCACAAAGUCCACAAAAACAACAGCCCCCCUUAGACGGUGAGUGUCCCUUCCCAUCCAGAAGGUCUCAGCACACUGAUGAUAGUGCCUUGUUAGUGUCGCUGUCAGGUGUGAAUCAAGUGGGCUGUGCUGCUACCCUGCCUCAUUCUUCUGCCUUCAGGCCUCUUAAGAAUGAUCACAGAUCUAAUGCUAUAUCAAGUUCACCUACAACAGAAACAGUUCAUCAUUCCCCUGCAUAUUCUUUUCCUGCUGCUAUUCAGAGAAACCAGGCCCAGCGCCCUGAAAGCUUCCUUUUCAGAGGAGCUAUCAGGGCAGAAACAAAUAAAGGUCAUGCGUCACCCCUCCUUUCAUCUUCUGCACCUACCACUGAUUUUAAAGAUCCGGUAACAAGACAGAAUUCAAGACAGAGAGAAGAAGAGCUGGAAUUAAUAGACCAACUACGGAAACAUAUUGAGUACCGGUUAAAAGUAUCUCUGCCUUGUGAUCUUGGAGCAGCUCUAACCGAUGGUGUUGUUCUUUGCCAUUUGGCCAAUCAUGUGCGGCCUCGAUCUGUCCCAAGCAUUCACGUUCCCUCACCAGCUGUACCUAAAUUAACAAUGGCAAAAUGCAGACGAAAUGUGGAGAAUUUCCUAGAAGCUUGCAGAAAAAUUGGUGUACCUCAGGACAAUCUUUGUUCCCCUUCUGACAUCCUUCAGCUAAACCUCAGCGUAAAAAGAACUGUUGAAACACUACUUUCUCUUGGGGCACAUUCAGAAGAAUCCAGUUUUGUCUCUCUGUCUAUCCAGCUUUUGGGUUUUGUGGCAUUUUAUUGUACUUUAAUGUUAACUCUCUGUAUGCUUUAUUACUGGAUCUUCCCCCUUUAGCCGAAAGUGCAUUCCAGUGAUUUUUCCACCUCAUUCCUGUGCUUGGUAAAGGAGGUUUGUUUCUCAUUCAAAAGUAUUUACAUAUGUGCUUUUUUUAAGUUGGUUAGCCAUCAAAGAGCUAACCGAUAAAGUAGGUAAAUCCUUUCCUUGUGUGUCCAGAUGCGCAGCUCAUCACGUUAGGGAGCAUUUAUGAUUGCUAGCAAAGAGCAGAAAGACCAGUAUAUUUUCUUCUGCUCAUUUGUCCAUUUUCCUGGCCUAUAUGUGGCCUUGUUUCUCUUAUCAUAAAUGCUGAGCAGGGUCUACUAAUACAAUCCUGAGCCUGUUGUUAAAAUAUGACUUAGAGCUUUAUUUCCAAAUGGCAUAAUAAAAUUUCCAUCUGGCCUUCUUUCCAUGCCUCAACACAACUUAAGUGUGGAAAUGUGAGAAGUAUUAAAAUUAAGAGUUGCUGAACUUUUCAACAGCUGUUCAUGUGGAAACAGUUGUACCCCUUCUGUUCUGGGGAGCACCUGGUCACUUAGAUCUCUGCAUUGAGCUGUGCCCUGAAAUCCUGAAAUCUGUCUUUAUUGGUAGGCACAAGUCCACCUAAUAAGCAUCUGCUCUCUGGACAUCUGGAAGGCACUGGCCAUUUAAUCUUAAUAAUUUUAAUUUGAUCAGAAUGUUCAGUACAAAGAUAAUGUAGGUCCCUAGAUUGCUAUUCUGAGCCCAUUGUGUACAUUGGAAACAGUACACAAGCAAAUUAUCUGGAGCUGAUCUUUCAGGGGUAGGCACCUGUCUGCACAUUUAUUAUGUUUGUUAUCUUUAACUUCACUUCUAGAAUCCUAUUUAGAAUUUAAAAUUGGAAUUUAUGUAAUUUCCAAUAUAUUUGAACCAUCUUAAUAGGUGAACUUAUAUUUGAUAGGCUGUUGAGGAGAUUUUAUCUGAACAGUAGCAGGUAAAGUAUUAGGCAGCAAUCUCUGUUCUGUACCCAAGGCAAUGAAUGCCUCUUUCAGAAUGCUUAGUGUAUUAGCUGCUAGCCUUAAUGCUUGAAAGUACUUUAUAAUUGCAUUCAGAUUCUGGUUCUCAUAAAUAGUGUUUCUGGACAUUCAGGAAUCUCUGAACUCUGUUAAGAAAAUUGGACAACUGAACUCAUGUAUGAAGGAAGAUUGUGAGGAACAUAUCAUGUUGUAGAAGUCAAUCUGAGGAUCUGAUUGCUUUGGUUUUCUUUCAUAUUAAAUGGGAAAAUUAUUUAACACAUUAAAAACCUUUUACUUUUAAUGCUGAAACAUUGAACACUGUGUUGAAAACAGCAGUAGUGCCUUUUGGAGUUGGGGGGAGGUUUUUUUUUGUUCUUAAGAUGUCUCUGAGUCAGAGAUCAUUCAGUUUUGUGAAGUUCUGUCCCUUUAAAAAAAACACAUGGUGUUUUGUGUGGUUUUGGGGGAGUAAUGGUGCAUUCUCUUCAGAACAGAGUUCCCUCUAAGCCAGCUAGAAGGUAAAUGUGCAUCUGGAAAGCAUAAGCCACUGAGGGAAUGUGUAAGCCACGGGCUUACAGGUCACAGGGCACCCCUGGAAAUGGAGAUCAAGGAAUCGGCGUCAGAGGAAAUAUGUCUCCCCCCAGAGUAAAACACCCUGCAGGUUCAUUUUAAGUAUAGUUAAUCUGUACUUCAAUUGUACUCAGAAGAUUUAUACAAAGUUGCUAGUUUUAUAAGAUCAAAAGAUUCCAUUUACCUUGUUUUAUCAAGGUAAGUAUUGAAUAAAAAGAAAGUGAUUAAGAAGCACAAGUACCAAUAACGGUUCAUAAAACAUACGUGUUAUAUUUUUUAUUGCAACUGGUUUUGUAAGCUUCCUAAUAAUAUAUUAAGUGCCAAUGAAAAACUGAGAAAAAUCCAGUUAUCUUCUUUAAUAAGUAUGUAUAGUCUCUUUUUCAGUAGAACCAGAAUUCCACUUUCAUUCCUUUAAGUGUAACCUCUUCUUUCUUUCAUCUAAUCAAUGAUAGAUGUUAUUCUUAUGAUAUGCCUUUUUGUCUUACAAGAAAGGAUUAACCAAACACAUUAAUGAGGUAAUAAACAAGAUAGAAGUAAUUUAAUUUGCUUAAGCAAACAUGUAAAUGAUUUUCAAAUAUAUGUUAAUUAAUAUGUUCCUGACUAAGCUCACAUCAUAGUUCUCCAGCAUAAUUUAAUCCAUUAAAUACCAGGAUAUAAAAUACUUUUUCAAAUAUGAUUUCUUUAUUUAAAUUCUGUAAUUCAAGUUUUUAAGUAAUUCAAACUGGGCCUUCCAUGAAUUAUCCAAUGUAGGGGAAAUUUUCUCAAAUACUUCUAAAUCUCAAGGAUAUACUUCAGCUUCUUCCUGUGAUCCCUGCCUGGUCUGAGAACCCUGAUUUUCAUAGUCAGGACUAUAAUGUAGAGAGCAUUCCUCUCUCAUGCAGUCUGAGUUAUGGCAUGAAACUAUCUUGCAUUCCUAUGGUUUGUAAUUUCCAAAGCACUUUCUCCUACAAUGUUAUAUCUUUAGGCUUCAGCCAUCUGGUAACUUGGAACUGUUUUUCUAUUUUCACCUGCCUCAUUUUACUGAUCUGCAUUGCUCUUUUAUUUAUCAGGGGUGAAGAAUGCUGCUUUUACUCCAUAGUAGUAUGUUUAUCUUCUGUUGUAUGUAAAAGUGUAUGUAACUUGUCCAUUUUCUAAUAUUCAAAAUGAUCUGUAUGUACUUUUAGAUGUAUUAAUAAAAAAAAAAAGUGACAGUGAGUGUCAGGUACCAUCUCUGUGUAACUCAUAUUACAGGUACUGACUUCUCAUAUCUCAGUUCAUUAUUA